AUGUCUGCCAGUGUCUAUGAGUCAGCUGUUGGUCCUGUGCUUGUUUGUACAGCACCUCGCACCGCUCCAGCGUGCUUUAAGUUGAUUGUGGAAAAUCCAGAAAAACCUGUUGCACCUGGACUUCGAGUUACAGCUUUUGUGGAAUAUUAUCCUAAGAGUAAAGAAGAUCUUCAAGAUAGACUACUUCUUUUAAUAGAAGAUGAGAUAGUUGAUAUCCCCUUGCUUGGAUUAAUUCCACGCUGUUGCCUGGAAAUUGAGUCAGAGAUGAAUUUUGGUACAGUGACUGCAAACAGUAAAGUAAUCAGUAAAGAGAUUAGUAUUGCUAACCAUGGAUCGUCUUCAGGUACAUUUAAAGUAUCAUAUGAUGGAGCUCUCCUGCUUAACAUAGAGCCUAUCAGAGGAGUGGUAGAGCCAAAAUCUAUGAAGACAGUUAAAGUGGAUAUCUGCACAGAUGUACCCAGAAUCAUCGAAGAAGUGAUGAAAGUGGAGUUGGAAGGUCAUGGCUGCGCUGAAGUAUGGAUCAAAGCUGUUGUGGUUAAACAAGUUCUUAAGGUUCUAGGAGUGUCUUGUGGAAAUGCAUUGGAGUGCAUUAACUUUGGACCAGUUUACUUUGGGUCUUCAAAGACUGAACAAAUAUCUUUAUACAAUGAAAGUCCUGAGUGUAUGGACUGGGUAGCAGUACUGGAAGACAAUGCCAUUGGAGGAGAGAUGGGAACAGAUCUUCAGAGGAGCACAGAUGCUGCUUUACAAGACUUAAGCCUCAAAAACAGAAAGAGAGAUGUAGAUGUUUCUACCUUGAUCUUGUGCACUCCCAAUCAAGGCACCUUGCUACCUUACGGGAAGUCUUUGGUUACAUUGUGCUUUACUCCAAAGGACUUUGGAGUGCACGAUUCAUCCCCAAGACAAGAUUAUGUACUGUUUGUGAGAUUUGAGAAUGUUAGAAAUAAAGAUAUCUGUCUGCAGGCCCUCAAUGAUGGUGCUACAGCAAUCAAAGUGAAUCAUCCUCAUCACAUGGACUUAGCUUUGACAGGUUCUGGGCUUCCUGUCAUGUUAACUUUUAAUCCAGGACCAGUUAUUAACUUUUCGGAUUGUUUUGUGGGUGAACAAACACAAAUUCUUUGCACACUUAAAAAUGAAUCCGAGUCCCUUCCAGUAACAUUCAGCUUCCGCAAGACUGCUCACUUUAAUAUUUCUCCUGAAAAAGGAAAAAUCAGACAAAAAUCUACAAAGGAUGUGAUGUUUUCAUUUACUCCGCAUCAAAUAGGAACAUUUAAAGUGAAGCAAGUUGUUGAUAUAAUUGGUACAGCACUUGAGAAAAAUAAUCUGCAGAUUCUGAAGACAAAACCCUUUCACCAAAUAUAUUUGAGCUUUACUGGUGUGUGCAAAUCUAAACGAAAAAACAUUCUAUUCAAAAUUAAUCCUGGUAUAACACCAAUGAUUUCCAAUGCAACUGGACAGUUUGUAGCUCAUGGCACAGAACAGUGCACUGAUACAGCACCUGUGGCAAUACUUAAAUCAGCCCAAACACAAAUUCAUAGUCACCGGAUAAACAGGAAUUGUAAGGGUGAAGUACUUACAGCUUUUCCUAAUGAUCGCGCAGCCAGCAUUAGGCCUAGUGAACGGAAUAAAAAGUACAGGACUAUUUUCACAAAGACUGAAAGAUAUAAUUAUAUAGAUCCAGAGUUUUCUUAUACUGACUGUGAACAACUGUCAAAAGAAGCACAUAAGAAAUACUAUGCAGACUUCAUUUCUAGUUUAAGACAGCAUCGUUUGCUGAAAGGUACCACUAGGCAGUUUUAUAUUUAUAAUAAUUCUGUGAGCAUAGGCCUUAAACCAGCUGAAGGGCUUAUGUCACCAAAGAUGUCAAUCACAGAUAUUCACAAGGAGAAGUCACAGUUCAAAAUGCUCCCUUUAGAUGAGAAUUGUCUUUUAACUAGUCAAAAAUCAUCAGCAAUUGGUUCUAAAUCUUCAAUCAAAGACACUUGGACUGGGCUUAAUGCUGUGCCAUCUUCUACCCAAGAAAAGGAAGAUUGUAGUCUAACUUUGACAUCAAAGCAGCUUCAUCAAAUACUCAUAGGUCCUUCUACUAUGGAUUUUGGUGAUGUUUGUGUGUAUUCUACAACGUUCAGGAAACUGCAAAUCAUCAAUAACUUGUUAGUUCAUAUAUGGAUACAAAUUGAUAUUGAAAUUGAUGAAUUACAGAAGUCAGGUCCAUUGUCUCAGGUGGUGCCUCCUUUUACAAAGACUCAUGUUCCAAUUGUAUUUGAGACAAGGACUCUCGGAAUGUUUAAAAAAUCUUUCACUUACACAAUAAACAACCAACAUCUUGGGCAUGUGCUAGUAAUUGCAAAAGCAGUAUCUGUUGAACUUGAGCUGUCUGCAAGAGAAGUGAUUUUAAAUCCUAUUCCUGGCUACCUAGCAGAGGCAGAAUUUAGAACAACUGUCAGGAUAUACAAUCCCAGAAACCAUCCCGCUGAGUUUACUUGGAAACCUAUAAUUAAAAAUAGAAGAACUGCAUUUUCUGUACAGCCAGCCAAAGGCCUUGUGGAGGCCUAUAGAGAUCUGGAGUGUGAAGUUGUUUGGCAUCCAGGGUACAGCUCUCCAGAAGCAGGAGAAUUCAACUUGUGUGUGCGUAAAGGAAACACCAUUAUGUUGAAGUGUUUUGCAAAGCUUGGUACUACUAAAGUUCAGUUUGUGGAACAAAGGAUACCCUUCAGUCAUAGCCCAAUGGGUUUAUCUACUUGUAAGACAGCUACUCUUCAAAACAUAGGAUGCAAUCAUGCGUAUUUCCAAGUUCUUGAUUCAAACCCAUUGCCUGGAAUGAUGAUCACACCUUCUGAAGGAGUGGUACCUGUGGGAGGCUAUGCUGAUCUCAAAAUCUCAUUCACUCCGAAUACAAAAAUGAAUUUUGAUACAAAAGUGGAGGUGGCAGUGCGAAAUUCAGAAAUACUAAUGCUUAGGAUUGGUGGAUUUGUAGAGGUCCCUGAAGUAAAUAUUGAUGUGGAACAAUUUGACUUUGGUGGUGUUUAUGUUGGUGCUACAAAAUCAAUUCCCUUUUUGCUGCAGAACAAGGGACAAGCGUGUACCAGAGUGGAGUUUGACUUCUCUAAAUAUAAGGAUUUUGAAUUUAAUGCUAACGACCAUUCAGUGUUUCACUGCUGUUCUUCAGCACCUUAUCUGUAUUCAGUUAACUUAAAGGGAAAGUCAGCUUUGCAAUGCUGCUUGUCCUUCAUGCCAAAAGAGGUGGCAGCAUAUGACUUCACUCUUCCAGUUAAUACUCCUCUGGCUGAGUUCCCAUUGGCACAGACAACCCGUGGAUCUGUAACUUCUGUGAGAUCUAUGAAGAAAGUUCUUGGUCCUUCACCACAGAUGGUGACUGUGGCUGUUCCACUCUGCAGAGUUAAAGCAGUUGCUUGUCCUGGGACAUAUGUAUCCGAAAUGUCGGUGUGUCUAGAUGAUAAUCCAUCACAUUACAAAAUAACACUGUCUGGCACUGUGAAGUCACCAAAUAUAUUCUUUGAUCCCCCCUUUUUAAUGCUGAUGCCAGUCCCUCUGGAUGUAAAAACCGAAACAGCCAUCAGUAUCAUUCCACAAGAUUAUCUAAGGCAAUCACGAAUUCAAGUUGAACUUCCAGAGGUUGAACUCGAAGAUGGUGAAAGGAUUUGCCCUUUUUCUGUACAGUUCUCAGGACAAGAUACUGUUCUUUCUUCAGAUGGCGCAAAUAGGAAACUAAUUUGUCAUAUCAGCUUCAUAUCAUCUAGGCCAGUGUCAUUUUCAGGGAAUAUCUGCUUCAUUGAUGAAGAAGAAAACAGGUUCAAAAUUCAAGUUGCUGCAACAGCAGAGAAUUGCCUUCUUACUUUAUAUCCAUAUUUCGCAAUUAACCGCCCUGAUGAGCAAAUUAUCUUGAGAAGCG